GCUUUAUUGGUCUGUAAAAGCACCUGGCUGCAGAUAGACAUGACAUAGAAAGCGUGAUUUUGCCAGAAAGACGAUGUUUUUUGGAACCUAUAAUGGUUGGAUUUGUCUGGAUGGAACAGACGCAUAACCUUUUAAAGUAUUAUUAAUUUUUUCUAGAGGAAUUAUUCAAGUGAAAAUGGAUCAUAUGGUUUUUUUAACAUGAUAUCAAAGAGCCUGGUGGAAUUGUUGCUGCGCUAUUUAAUAUUGAUGCUAUUUUUGUUGUGAUUUAAUGGUGUAUGUAUAUAAUUGAACUCAUUGUAUUUCAUUGUACUUUAUGCACUUUCACUCCAAUUUGACUCUUUCAAUGCAAUUAUUUGUCGUCGAAUUAUGGUACAAGUUAGUGUUUGUAGAUUUGUCUUUGUUUAUUUAGCAUUAUGUCAGUGAAAUAAAGUAGUUUGUCCACAAAAACCUUGCAUUAUUUAAACACUUGGAAAAAUGUAAGGAUAUGAAAAGAUUUGACUACGCAUUAAGGAUGUAAAAAGAAAACAAAGUUGUUAAAAAAAAAAAAAAAGUACUUUAAAAAAUAUAUUGACCCCAUUCAAAUUUUAUAUUUUAUUGAUCCAUAUGUAGGCUACUAAAUAUUUGCUUUUCUAAAUUCAGUUGUAUAUGAAAGAUUCCGGAUUAUAACUCCAUCCCUUGCAAAUCCUUCAAUAUCCUCUUGCUGAAAUGAAGGGUUUCAAAGGACUGACAGCUGUAGACCAAAAUCAAACAUUACACAAGGGAAAGUUUUUAAAGGUAAUGUAGCAACAGUCAUCAUGUAUACAAUCCAUUAUUUUCAAAUAUGUAUGAAGCUUUAUUUGAUGUGAACAAUUGAAAUCCAGAGGUGCCCAACUAAACAAAAUCAAGAAAAACAAAAACAUUAACAAACACAAAUAAAUAAGUUGAAAGUUAACCCCAUGCAGAUCCAAUCUUUCACUUGGGGUUUUAUUUUAUUUAUUUCAAAAGCUGUUUCUUCACUAAUUUAAUUGUCAGCUGGUGUUGAGGUGUUUUUGUUGGAUUUUCAUGCUCAAUUUGUGUGUCUUGAGAUACAUUUUAAUAUUGUGGUGAAUCUUGGGUUGGAUUGUUUGUAAUAAAAAAAUUAAAAUUUAAGAAAAAAUAUAAAUGUUUGCAUUAUUAUUUCAAUAUUGUUACUUGUAUGAAUCAAAUGAUUAGCAAUGAAUUACUUAAGGCCUAUUCAUGUGUAACCAUGCGUUUAAUACCAGGUCAACAAAUGUGGUGUUGAUCAAUGCACUUAACCAUAAAUUGCUUCUCUUAACCCAGGUGUAUCUAGUUUAUUGCUCCAUGAUAAAUGUGAACCUGAAAGGGCUGUUUUUGUCAUGUUGGAUUUAGUAAUAAAUCAGCUUGAUCCCAUGAGAGAGUUUUAGAUGGCGGCCUCCUGCGACUCGCCGCUCGGAAUUUUCUACCGAAGUAUUUCCAGCAUUUUUGACGGAUGGACAGUGCUCCAGCUAGCCGUCCAUCAUGGGUAUGGUGGAAUCCAUGGUCGAGAAAAAGCUUCAUGGAUGGUAGAUGCAGUGUACAAUUGGUUUCAAGAUAAUGAUGGCAUUGAGCCUGAUGAGUUAGAGGGAUUCAUUUCUGAGAUCCUGGAUAAUGAAUUUGACACAAGAGCUGAAGAUGGAAGCUUGUUAUCGAUAUCGAAGAGGAUUUGUGGUGAUUUUGAUAUGUGUAAAUCAGGGAGCCAUGCUGUUGUAUUACAGAGCAUUCAAGAAGCACCUAAAGCUAGCCUAGAUUCCUGCCAAGCAGCUGCUAGUCAAGAUACAGAGGAUACAGAUGAUGCUCCACCUCAUGAACAUAAUCUACAUGCUAUGAUGGGCAAUAUAGAGAUGAGUACCAAUGACGGGACACCAGUGAUAAAUGGAUUCAACGAUCAAGAACAACCUAGCAAAACAGAAUCUCCAAAACCUGAGACUGAUGAUGAUGGAUGGACUACGGUCACAAAAGGCAGAAAAAAAUAACAUCAACUUCACUGGCUAAUUAUUAACCAAUUAAAUUGUAUAUCAUAGUGUAUAUAUUAUUAUUUAAUGCUGCCAUUUUGAUGUAACAUAAACAUGUAUAGAGUCUCAGUACUUGAUUAUGCUUGAAAUCUUCCAGAGUAUUAUCAACCACAGAGCAAGUUGUGGCUGAGUGGUAAAACUUACCAUGCUCGGGCUCUGCUGUUUCUGAUCAAUCGAGUGUGGGUUCGAG